AUGGCUCACAUGCAGGGAGAUACGUGGUGGUAUGAUUGGUGGAAGGGGCAGCCGGAGAACGAGCGGAAGGCUGCUGCCCUGGAGGAGCGCGAAUCCAGGGCAUUGCAGCGACGGCGCGAGGCCCGCUCCAGCUCGCCUGUGCGACCGGGCGAAGUGGCUCCUGCCCCGCCCGUUUGGCGGAAGGGGGUCGUUGUUGGGCGUCUGGUGAACCACCCGGACAAAUUCAAGCAGUUCCGGGAAGAUAUCUACCGGCGCCGGGGCCGCCGCAUGGAGGCUGAGAGAGAGGAGGACCUCAAGGUUACUCCAGACAUUUUUGAGCUCUUCUGCGCCUGUGCGAGCGUGAGGCUGAAAUACCUGUGCCUCAUGCUCCGACAAGACUUUGAAGACUUCUUCCGGAGCGGCACUGGCGGAGGCACGGAGGAGCUGAACUAUUUGUUCAAUGAUGUCUUGGACAGACAGCAGGAGGUGACGGGGAUCACCGGCGGACUGUCCUUGAAAUUCGUUCAGGUGUUGGCGAACCGGGCCAUUUCUCGAGGAUGGCAGCUCGAGGAGCUGGACUCGUCCGAUGAGGAAGAUUCGGGCGCAGACGACUUCGAGUAG